AUGUUUGCUACUCGUCGUCUUCUCUUUUCAACGAGAAUUACGUUCUUCACUCGGGAAACUUGUGGUCUCUGCACCCAGGCUAAGCAUGUAUUGUCAGAUGUUUGGGAUAAAAGACCCUUUGACUAUACAGAGGUUAAUGUCGAUCUUCCAAAGCCUGAGUCCAAGCAAUGGAGAGACAUAUACGACUUUGAUGUCCCGGUGAUUCACAUCAGUAAAGCCUCCGGGCCUGAAGAAGAGCCAAGCAAAGUUGGUAAAGCAAUCAAAUUGAUGCACAGAUUCACUGCCGAGCAAGUCGAGGCUCAAAUGGACAAAGCAGAGAAAAACUAA